AUGCGAGAAAUCGUCCACAUCCAGGCCGGUCAGUGCGGUAACCAGAUUGGUGCCAAGUUCUGGGAAGUGAUCUCCGACGAGCACGGCAUCGACCCCACCGGAAGCUACCAGGGCGACUCCGACCUCCAGCUUGAGCGCAUCAACGUCUACUACAAUGAGGCUACUGGUGGUAAAUAUGUUCCACGAGCCGUUCUCGUCGAUCUUGAGCCCGGCACCAUGGAUUCAGUCCGAUCGGGCCCAUUCGGUCAGAUCUUCCGACCUGACAAUUUCGUCUUCGGUCAGUCUGGCGCUGGAAACAACUGGGCUAAGGGCCACUACACAGAAGGAGCUGAGCUCGUCGACUCCGUUCUCGAUGUUGUCCGAAAGGAAGCUGAGUCUUGCGAUUGUCUUCAGGGAUUCCAACUGACACAUUCGCUCGGUGGUGGAACUGGCUCUGGAAUGGGAACACUUCUCAUCUCCAAGAUCCGAGAAGAAUACCCCGACAGAAUCAUGAACACUUUCUCUGUCGUUCCUUCUCCAAAGGUCUCUGACACCGUCGUAGAACCCUACAACGCCACCCUCUCUGUCCACCAGCUCGUCGAGAACACCGACGAGACCUACUGCAUCGACAACGAAGCGCUCUACGAUAUCUGUUUCCGAACCCUAAAACUCACCACCCCCACUUAUGGCGAUCUUAACCACCUCGUCUCUGUCACCAUGUCCGGCGUUACCACUUGUCUGCGAUUCCCCGGCCAGUUGAAUGCCGAUCUCAGAAAACUCGCCGUCAACAUGGUUCCCUUCCCACGACUUCACUUCUUCAUGCCUGGCUUUGCUCCACUCACCUCCAGAGGCUCCCAGCAGUACCGAGCGCUCACCGUCCCCGAGCUCACUCAGCAGAUGUUCGAUGCCAAGAACAUGAUGGCUGCUUGUGAUCCUCGACAUGGAAGGUACCUUACCGUCGCCACCAUGUUCCGAGGACGAAUGUCCAUGAAGGAAGUCGACGAACAGAUGCUCAAUGUUCAGAACAAGAACUCCUCGUACUUCGUAGAGUGGAUCCCCAACAACGUCAAGACCGCUGUCUGCGACAUCCCCCCACGAGGCCUCAAGAUGUCCGCCACUUUCAUCGGUAACUCGACGGCCAUCCAGGAGCUCUUCAAACGAAUCUCGGAACAGUUCACUGCUAUGUUCCGACGAAAGGCUUUCCUCCACUGGUACACCGGCGAGGGCAUGGACGAGAUGGAAUUCACAGAAGCUGAAUCCAACAUGAACGACUUGGUAUCUGAAUAUCAGCAGUACCAAGAAGCUACCGCCGAGGACGAGGGAGAAUUCGACGAAGAGGAAGAGGAGGAAGAAGCAUAA